AUGUCGCCCAACAAUGGACUCGGCAGCUCGCCGCUGUCUACCCCCAGCUCGUCCUCAACCUCGACAGGUAGCAUGGCCGCGAAAUCCCCUUUACCGCCAGACACCGCGAGCGGCGUCGAACUGAAGCCCAUGAAGGCCCCGAAAAUCGCGGACCCGAUUCCUCUCGAGUACGAUAUUAUGCAGCUGGCUAGGCUUGGUGAAAUCGCUGCGAUCAAGAAGCUCUACGAUAGCGGGAAGUACGAUAUCAGUUGUCGUGACGAGGAGGACAUAACCCCAUUACAUUGGGCUGCUAUAAAUAAUCGCUAUGAGCUUUGCAAGUUCCUCCUCGAUUCUGGCGCCGAUGCCAACGUCAAGGGCGGCGAGUCUGUCGCAACGCCUGCCAUGUGGGCUGCCCAGAGAUGUCACUACUAUAUCGUCCAUCUCCUGCUUCAAUACGGAGCCGAUCCUCUCUUGACCGAUAUCCAGGGCUUCAAUAUCCUUCAUUUGGCUACUAUAGACGGAAAUGCAUUCUUACUGGUCCUGCUCCUCCACCAGGAGAUUCCAGUUGAUGUUGCUGAUCCUCAGGGGCAUACUGGCCUGAUGUGGGCAGCCUACAAGGGGUUUCCGGCCUGUGUCGACGUCUUCUUAAGAUGGGGUGCGGAUGUUAAUGCGACAGAUGAAGGAGGCUUAACGCCGAUCCACUGGUCCCUAGUCAAAGGGUCUACCGCCUGCGUUCAGAAGAUAAUAGAGUACGGCGCGGAUAGGUUUGCUGAGACAAAGGAAGGCAAGAGUCCGGCUACUGUUGCUGACGAAAUGAAGACAACUAAUGUAUGGCAUCAUGCGCUGAGAGAGUGUGGCUAUAAGCCCGACGGAACCAGUUCGGCUGCGCCGUCUGUUAUCGGCCAUGUUCUGCGAUCGCCGCUACAUAUGGCCAGAUUCUACUUCCUUUUGCCUUUUGCUGCCCUACCGGCUGUUCUGAUUAUCCUGAGCUCCCUGUCGAUAUAUGUCUCUAUUCUUGCCACGCUCCUCUUUAUGUUUGGUGUCCAUUUGCUUAUAAAGUGGGUUUCGAAAAGAGGCCCAUUGGACUUUAGAGUGCUUCAGAGGACGGCAUUCCCGGCUGGGGUUUUUGCAGCGUCUGCGUUCUGGGUUGCGUUGCGAUGGUUGCACGUUAUUCUACCUAAUACAUACUCCUCCUCCCCCUUUCUGAAUUUAAUUUUCCUUGUUUUGUUUGCAUUAAUGACCUACUUUUACACAUACGCUAUGAUUGAAGACCCUGGGUUUGUCCCGAAAUUGAGCAGCCGGAACGAACAGAAAGCUGUCAUCACGGACCUUAUUGAUGAUUGGAAUUACGAUGAGGACCAUUUCUGUGUUCCUUAUUAUUCUGCUAUUGUUCCAGCUGGCGAGAAAACAACAUGCAAUUUCAUCUCUCCGUGGCUCUGCAACCUGAUUGAGACAGAUACAUACACUUUCAUUCUAACUAUUUGGACCGCUCUUCAGCUUGUCUGGGUUACCAUGCUUACCUUCGUUCAACUAUACCAAAUAUCCAGAGGCACGACCACUUUUGAGGUCAUGAGAGGCCAUGGACACGGGUUCAGCCACAAGACUCCUGCAUCUGCAAAUCAAGCUGCAUCAACAAUCGGAGGCAAGAAGCAUUCGCAUUCCUCUUGCUUCACCAAGUGGAAGAGCCUGUUUGGGUUCGACGCGUUCAUGGCAGCAGCUCAAGACGGGCUCCAGGACGGCCAAGGCCAAAGGCAACGACAAAACCCGUUCUCGCAUGGAAUCAUCCGCAACUGUCAAGAUUUCUGGUGUGAUCCAGCGCCAUAUUUCGGCCAGCGGCAAGCUGGAAGUUCGAUGCUUGGAGGGACGGUUGUGAAUUACUACAAGAUGUAUGAUGCGGAACUGUUGGAGUAUUCAGGGGGGCGAGUCUAG